UUUCAUUUAACAAAUCCAACAGUCAUGGAGAAGCGCCUGCAGGAGGCGCAGCUAUACAAGGAGGAAGGAAACCAGCGUUACCGGGAAAGGAAAUACCGAGAUGCUGUGAGUAGGUAUCAUCGAGCUCUUCUUCAGCUGCGGGGUCUGGACCCAAGUCUGCCUUCUCCUAUACCAAAUCUGGGACCCCAGGGCCCAGCUCUCACGCCGGAGCAAGAAACCGUACUGCACACCACCCAGACAGACUGCUACAACAACCUAGCUGCCUGUCUCCUCCAGAUGGAGCCAGUGAACUACGAACGAGUGAGGGAAUACAGUCAGAAAGUCCUAGAACGACAGCCUGAUAACGCCAAGGCCUUGUAUCGAGCUGGAGUGGCUUUCUUCCAUCUGCAAGACUAUGACCAGGCUCGGCACUACCUGCUGGCUGCUGUCAAUAGGCAACCUAAAGAUGCCAAUGUCCGGCGGUACCUCCAGUUGACGCAGUCUGAACUCAGCAGCUACCACAGGAAAGAGAAGCAGCUGUACCUGGGUAUGUUUGGUUAAUGAAGAGAAAAGAUGCUUCUCCAUUUGAACUUAAGUGAACCACUAAGAACCCAUCAAGGGAAAGCUGAGCCUCAGCAAAAGAAAUUCACCCUUUACCUCUGACCCAGGUGGAUUUCCGUUUUGUUUCCUGUUCUGUACAAGCCCUUUGCUACUUAGACCACCUGCGUCAUUUAUUGUGUAUCCCCUAGUAUAUUUGUCUGGCUUGAAAUCCAUAUUAUUUGCAUUGAGAAACAGACAUUGACUAUGGGUGGAAUCAAUUACAUUUUAGAUUUUUGUUUGUUUUUUUCGAGACAGGGUUUCUUUCUAUGCAGUGUGUGCCACCACACCCAGCAGAAUCAACUAUAUUUGCGGCAUAGAUAUAAUGAGAUGCUGUUGGAUGUUUUCAGAUACAGAAGGGAGGGCUAGUGAAAGAUGAAACAGUAAGGAUAGGCAGAAAGGAAUCUUCUGCUGUUUCCUCAGAUGCCUUUGUUUUUCCCAGUGGGAAAUAUGUAUAUUUCUUAUGAAACUAGAUAAUUAUAAACUGAGCCCAAGUAUUAAAGAUUUGAAAUGAAUCAUUUUUGGGCUAAGGCUGUGGCUCACUGGUAGAUUGUUUGCCUGUCUAUGUACAAGGCCCUGGGUGUGAUGCCCCAGUGCUGCAAAAAUAACCAACUAAACAAUAACAAAAUCAAACUUUUGUUAUUUAAAUUAAUCUCUUAUACUCCUUUAAUAUUUCAGACAC